AAAACGCCCAGGUUUUGUAAAUUUAUGAAAACAUUGUCAUUCAACGAACACACUAUAUAUUCAGUUUCAGAGUAGGAAAAAUUUCAGACAUCAUCUCAAAAUGUUGCAGAAGCUACUGGUUUGUUUGUCUGCAAUUGCUACAGUUUCAGCAGCUGGAAAUGGCUGCAAACUUGGAAAAGUAAUCAACAAGCCUGUAAUUGAAGGGACGCCUGUUUAUUGGCCACCUUCUUGGACCGAAACUAAACCGGCUCCUCAGCUGGAGAAGGAACAGUCGUGCAGUUGGAUUGUGACAAUUCCGCGAGGAUAUUAUGCAAAACUGAUUAUCAGUGGAAAGACAACUGACAAGGAUUCACGAUUUGAAACUGUAGAUGCAGCAGGGAAUCUUGUUCAAACUUCCCAAGAAAACAUGGAACCGUAUUACUUCCCGGGUCCAAAGUUCACCCUGGCUGUCUCUAAUGAAGGAUCAGAUACUUUUGCAUUUAAAGUUGUUUGGUUCACUCUUCCAAUUAUGAACGACGAUGCUGCAAUCGGGGCUAAUGGAUUGGUUAUGAAUGUGACGAGUCAAGUUAUCGCUAUGCAAUACUAUUCAAUUGGUGACUCUCUUACAUUGAUGGCCUUCCCUGUAAACCCAAAGAAUUAUUAUUCAUUGAGAAGUACACUUGUAUUUGAUGGACACGAUUGCACCUCUUUUAACUAUAUUUCAAAUCUCUACCAGCUGUACCAAACGAAAGAGCAAUGGGUAUCCAGUCAAGACGAAAUCAUCAUAGUGAACCUUGAAGCCAGUAGUUCUAAUGAUAAACUCCUUAUUCAAGCAUCUAAAUAUUUGACUGGAACCGGUGAGAUGGUGGAGCUUCACCCUCAGGCCAACUCAAUCUAUAACGGAACUGUAAACGGAGGAACACAGAUGUCAUCACUUGUUGCGGUGACUGAUCUCUCAAUGCAAAUGAUUGAUGUUCAGAUGGAAAGUGACGCUACAGUCACAGUUUACUAUGGUUCUCCAGACGCAUCAACUCUUAAUAAAUCUUAUACUAGAACACAGUUGAAAAAUGCACUUCCAUUAUCGUUUCGUGGACCUUUCGUGCAGUUUGUGGUCAGUAGUGGCAAAGCUGUGUUCACGUUCAAAAGUUAAUUUUUAUCGUUUUUUUAAAAAUAAAGUAUACCAAU